UGAAAAUGUUUUGGAGCCUGCUUUUUACUGUCUUGGGUGGAUUUGCAGUGGCCGAUAUCAGUUCACAAACAGAUCGACACUGGGAGCUAUGGAAGAAGGUGCAUAAAAAAGCAUAUUCUCAUCAGAUUGAGGAGUUUGGACGCAGACAGAUUUGGGAAAAGAACUUGAAAAUUAUUAACUCCCACAACCUGGAAGCCUCUCUGCACUUGCACACCUAUGAACUGGCAAUGAACCACUUGGGAGACAUGACCCCUGAUGAGAUCACGGGCACGCUCAUGGGCACUGAGGUACCAUCUGACCUGGACACAGCUACUGCAAGUGCCAUAAAAGUCAACACUUCUCUGCCAGAUUCAGUGGACUGGAGGGGUAAAGGCCUGGUAACUCCAGUCAAAAUGCAGGGUACCUGUGGUGCUUGUUGGGCCUUCAGUGCAGCUGGAGCUCUGGAGGGACAACUUAAAAAGUCAACAGGCAUCUUGAGAUCUCUCAGCACUCAAAACUUGAUCGAUUGCACCACAGAAUAUGGCAACCGUGGGUGCAAUGGUGGCUUAAUAGCAAGGGCUUUCAAGUAUGUUAUUGAAAACCAAGGCAUUGACUCUGAAGAUGCUUACCCCUACAUUGGAAAGCAUAAUCGGUGCAAGUACAACCCACUGUACCGGGCUGCAAACUGCUCAGGGUAUUACUGCUUACCAAGGGGGGAUGAAUUUGCACUGAAGGAGGCAGUGGCUCUUGUGGGCCCCAUCUCUGUUGCAAUUGAUGCUUCCAGGCUACAGUUUCACUUCUACCAUCAUGGUGUGUACGUGGACAACACAUGCACCGAGAAAGUGAACCAUGGUGCGUUGGUGGUGGGUUACGGCAGUGAGAACGGACAGGACUACUGGCUAGUCAAAAACAGCUGGGGUGUGAAGUUCGGUGAAGGAGGCUACAUCAAGAUGGCCCGGAAUAGGAACAACCAGUGUGGCAUUGCUCACCAUGCUUGUUUUCCUUUUGUGUGA